AUGGCAGUCAUGACAGGGGUCGACGCCAAAGUCUUGAGCGGGGAAACGGAGCUAGGAACCUUGAGCAUCGCGCACAGGAUGAGCUGGGCGGCAAACCGCGUCACCACGCGCAUCGAGGGCGUGGCGUGCAGCAUGCUCGGAAUCUUCGACAUCAACAUGCCGCUCCUAUACGGCAGUCUCUUCGCGUGGAGACCAAGCAAGCACGAAACCCGCUUGGCUGCGAACCGAUCAGAACAACAAGGCAUAUCGGCAUUCGCGAGGUACUCCCGGGACUUUGAGUCGUCGACGCACAUGUUCUCCCAGUCGACGCACACCACCUUCGCACUGACAAACAACGGCGUCAAGGUAUCCGCCCCCGUCCUGCCGUGGCACCCCUUCGCCACAAACCAGCUUGCGACCUGGAAGAUAGCAGGCGGCCUGGCGCCAUGGGAGCAUUUCAAACGGAGCCCGGGCGUGCUGCUAGUCCUGGCGUGCUGCUAG